ACCUCAUUGCCGUCCCCUCCAUCGCCGCUGCUAGACUCCUAGCCGCCGCCUCUCAACUAGUUUUCUGUUGGGUGGAUUUUCAAAAACCCCCAAUGCGCCAAACGCCAUAGCUCGCUCGAUAGUUGACAGAAUUGAGUGAUUUGACUUGCAAAAGAACGCUCUUGGUGUCAGCUACAACGUCGCACGUCGCAUCGGCUCCCGCCAGAUCUGGCUCGAGCUUGAGGCAAUGUUCGAACGCACCGACUUCGAUGCUGUCGGACCGCUCUUCAAGGAAUACUUCAGCAUCACGAUCGAACACAGUGCUGGCGCCGUUGACUACACCAGCCGUCUCCUGGACCUUGCCUCCCGCCUUGAGGCUCGCCAGACUACUCUCCCCCCCAACCUUCAGAUCUACCUCCUUCUACAUCGACCAAGUCUUGCAGCGGUUCGACAUGGCGCAGGCGAAGCCGGUUACCACUCCCCUGCAGACCGACCACCAGCUUGCCCCUCCUCCUGCUCCCUCCUCCUCUGACCAUCCUUACGCUGAGCUCGUCGGCUCGC